AUUUGUAGAAUUAGAUUUGUUAAUUUAAUUUCUAUUAGAUUUACUUGUUUUUUUUUCAGUUUAUACUUUUUAUUAAAUAAUAUAGUUUAUUUUAUUGAAUUUGAGUUAGUUUCACUAAAUUCAACAAUAAUUGUUAUAACUUUUUUAUUUGAUUGAAUAAGAUUAUUAUUUAUGUCUUUUGUUUUAAUAAUUUCUUCUUUAGUAAUUUUUUAUAGAAAAGAAUAUAUAAGAAGAGAUGAAAAUAUUAAUCGAUUCAUUAUAUUAGUUUUAAUAUUUGUUUUAUCAAUAAUAAUAUUAAUUAUUAGACCUAAUUUAAUUAGAAUUUUGUUAGGUUGAGAUGGUUUAGGUUUAGUUUCUUAUUGUUUAGUUAUUUAUUUCCAAAAUGUUAAGUCUUAUAAUGCAGGUAUAUUAACAGCUUUAUCAAAUCGUAUUGGGGAUGUUGCGUUAUUAUUAGCUAUUGCUUGAAUAUUAAAUUAUGGGAGUUGAAAUUAUAUUUUUUAUUUAGAAGUAAUAAAAAAUGAUUUUGAAAUAAUAAUAAUUGGUAGUUUAGUUAUAUUAGCUGCUAUAACAAAAAGAGCUCAAAUUCCUUUUUCUUCAUGAUUGCCUGCUGCUAUAGCAGCCCCUACACCUGUUUCUGCUUUAGUACAUUCUUCUACUUUAGUAACUGCUGGUGUUUAUCUUUUAAUUCGAUUUAAUAUUUUAUUAAGAACUUCUUGAUUAGGCCAGUUGUUACUAUUAUUAUCUGGUUUAACAAUAUUUAUAGCUGGAUUAGGGGCUAAUUUUGAAUUUGAUUUAAAGAAAAUUAUUGCUUUAUCAACUUUGAGACAAUUAGGGUUAAUAAUAAGAAUUUUAUCCAUAGGAUUUUAUAAGUUAGCUAUAUUUCAUUUGUUAACUCAUGCUUUAUUUAAGGCUUUAUUAUUUAUAUGUGCUGGAGCAAUUAUUCAUAAUAUAAAUAAUUCUCAAGAUAUUCGUUUAAUGGGUGGUUUAAGAAUUCAUAUGCCUUUGACUUCUGCUUGUUUUAAUGUCUCUAAUUUAGCUUUAUGUGGUAUACCUUUUUUAGCUGGAUUUUAUUCAAAAGAUAUAAUUUUAGAAAUUGUUAUAAUUAGAAAUAUUAAUUUUUUUUCUUUCUUUUUAUAUUUUUUUUCUACUGGUUUGACAGUUAGAUAUUCUUUUCGAUUAGUUUAUUAUUCAAUAACUGGAGAUUUAAAUUGUGGAAGUUUAAAUAUACUAAAUGAUGAAAGAUGAAUUAUACUUCGUGGUAUAUUAGGUUUAUUAUUUAUAAGAAUUAUUGGGGGUAGAAUAUUAAAUUGAUUAAUUUUUCCUUACCCAUAUAUAAUUUGUUUACCUUUGUAUAUAAAAUUAUUAACUUUAUUUGUUUGUAUUUUUGGGGGUUUAUUUGGUUAUUUGAUUUCUGUAACAAAAUUAUAUAAUUUAAAUAAAUCUUUUUUAUAUUAUAAUUUAUCAACUUUUUUAGGUUCUAUAUGAUUUAUACCUUAUAUUAGAACUUAUGGGAUAAUUUUUUAUCCUUUAAGUUAUGGACAAGUUGUUGUAAAAAGAUUUGACCAAGGAUGAUCAGAAUAUUUUGGUGGUCAACAUUUGUACCAAAAAUUGGUUAAUUAUUCACAAACUUUAUUUUUAAUACAUAAUAAUAGUUUAAAAAUUUAUUUAAUAUUAUUUGUAUUUUGAAUUUUAAUUUUGUUAAAUUUUUUAUUAUUUAUUU